AAAUAGAAAAACUCAACCCUAACCCACCAAAGAAACCACAAAAAUUUCCCUUCUUCUCUCUCUAUUUGUCUCUGUUUGAAAACUUUGCAGUGUAAAUGCUUGAACUUGUGGAAGGAAGAAGAGAGGGUUCUUUUGUUAAAUGCUCUCUCUCUCUAACCACAAUUCCUCACUCUUCUCUCUUCUUUUCAUGUCUUCAAUCGACGCUUCUCUCUCCUCUGUUCCUUCAGGGUCUCCUUGUUACAAUACACUUUUAGACUUUUUCCCUUAUUCUCUCUCUUCCUCUUCUUCUAUAGAAAGCUCCUACUUUGCUCUCAAAUCCACUUUUCAUAUCACAAUUUUGGGUUCUGAUUUCUGUGUUUCCGCCCCACAAAGAUGACUGACUCUAAGAAGGUACUAGUGUUUGGAUCAUUCACUGAAGAUGAAACCAGGUCAUUGCUGCUAAAGCCGUCAUCUGGCAAAGCUGAAAAGCCAGUGGAGAAGAAAGAAUUACGAUUUGGAUCAGUGGAUUUUAUUGCUGGAAAAUCUUUGGGUGGUCUUUAUGGUGAAUCAAGCAGACAACUGGAUUCUCCAAAAGGGUCAAAUGGUCUUCUGUCCUCACCUGUGCUGAAGAAGGACAAUGAACCAAAGAGUGUUAAAAUACUAAACAAUCAUUUACCAGGAGUUCUUGGAACUCCAAAAGAAAAUGGAAGCGUUGACAGUUCCACCCAUGGCUCCUCUCAUAUUAAUGGUGUGGAUGAAGUAAAAGCUGAUGGUACUGAUUUCAUUGCAAUUACAUCCCAGAAUGAAGAUGGUCUCUUGAAUCAAUUUUCGAGUUUGAAAUUUCAGAACCCAGAGGAAAAUGGAGUUCUCAGUGAUUCAUCUGUAGUUGUGGGUGACAAUGACUUACAGAAGGCAUCUAAUGGUCCUAUUAAUUCUUGCAGAGACAUAUCACCUAGAGGUUUAAUUAACUCAGGGAAUUUAUGUUUUCUUAAUGCAACUCUGCAGGCUCUCCUAGCCUGUUCUCCUUUUAUUCAGCUUUUACAGGAAUUGAGAACUCGCAAAAUCCCCAAGGUUGGCUAUCCAACAUUAACUGCAUUUGCAGAGUUCAUUGCUGAUUUUGACAUGCCAAAUGGUUCAAGCUUAAAGAGAGAUGCCAAAAGGCCUACCAUGUUUGAAGGGGUUCUUAAAAUUUUUACUCCAGAUGUGCUGAGUAGCAUCUCCGGCAGAGCAAGGCAGGAAGAUGCUCAGGAGUUUCUUAGCUUCAUCAUGGAUCGGAUGCAUGAUGAGUUACUUAAACUUGAAGGACAGUCUUCAAGCAUUAAUGGGAACAAAUCAUCUUUAGUUUCUUCUGCUGAAGAUGAUGAAUGGGAAACAGUUGGUCGAAAGAACAAAUCAGCUGUGACAAGAACUCAAAGUUUUGUUCCUUCAGAACUAAGUGAUAUAUUUGGGGGACAGUUGAGAAGUCUGGUGAAGGCAUCAGGAAAAAAACCUUCUGCUACUGUACAACCAUAUCUCUUGCUGCACCUUGAUAUUUAUCCUGAAGCAGUUCGAACUAUUGAGGAUGCACUUCAUUUAUUUUCUGUGCCAGAAUCUCUUGAGGGGUACCGAGCAUCAGCAACUGGGAAGGCUGGGACUGCUAGCAAAUCUGUUCAGAUACAGAAACUUUCAAAGAUAAUGAUUCUGCACCUGAAGCGUUUUAGUUAUGGAAAUCAAGGAAGUGCAAAGUUGCUUAAGCCUGUGCACUUUCCUCUUGAAUUGGUUUUGGGUCGUGAUCUGCUUGUUUCUCCAUCUGUUGAGGGUCGGAAAUACGAACUUGUUGCUACAAUUACUCACCAUGGCAGGGAGCCAUCAAAGGGGCAUUAUACAGCCGAUGCUCGCUAUCCUAAUGGUCAGUGGCUACGGUUUGAUGAUAAUUCAGUUAUUCACAUUGAUGCAAAUCAGGUGUUGCAUGAACAUGCAUAUGUGCUCCUCUACAAGCAAGUGUAGUACGGUCAUCAAAGAGUUUCGUCACUAAACUAAUGCCCUUUUGAGAGGCUUGUCUCAUUCGUGUAAUUUAUAGAAAAAGAUUUGACAUGUCACAACUUAUAGAUGUUUUUGAACCUUAUAGUUUGAUUCUUGAUCGUUUACUAUUAUUAAUUGUGGUUGUGAUGCAA